GGUACCGUUUGCAUAGAUUAUGUGAACACAACUAAAACUAGAUCUAUUGUAAUUAUUCUCGACAAUUCCGGUAGUCCUACAGAGGAAGGAUGGAAAACACAAAUGAAGUUCAUGAAAAAAAUUUUCGAUAGUAUGAAGAAUAUUAGAGUUGGAGUUGUAGUGAUAGAAGGACAUUCCCGGGUACAGUUUCCAAUGAGUUGGUAUAAUGAAACUAAAAGCGAAAUCGAACAUUUUGUUAAAACGGCGGAAUGGGAAGAUAAGUGGACAUCUAUUGGUGUGGCAAUCUAUAAGGCUCGCAUCAUGCUAGAGGUUGAAAGAACAGACGAAAAAAUUGUUGUUCUCAUCUCUGAUGGUGACUCAGACCAGUGUCUCUACGACUACACGGAUACAAGAAAACGACCUAACGGGAAGAUGAAAACCUACGUAGCUAAUUGUGAAAAUUGGAAGAGGGAGGCUAUAAAAGCACAUCCACAAGUGCGGGAAGCAGAAGAGCUACGCAAGAGAUCGAUAAGGUUGAUAUAUGUUAUCGCCAAUGAGAAAUAUUAUGACGAAAAACGAGAGAGACGUGAAAGAGUGCUUAAGAUGGUUGCGAGCCCCGAUGACAUAAUUAGAGCAAGGCAUUUCACUUCAUUAAUGGAGCAAAAUAUCUUCGAGAAUUUAAUGAAGAUCAUUGCCGUAGAGCAAAUUUAA